GCGGGGAGGAAAAGGGCCGGGAGAUCCCCCCACAGGAGGGGCUCCAAAGCCAGCCCAGGGUGCUCUGAGGAGGAAAGAGCCAGCCUGUGCCGGGAAGGCGGCCAGAGCUUGAGGCAGAGCUCUGAGCUGGUGGUCCCUGAGCAACCUCCCAGUAGGGAGAAGCCCUUCAGGUGCUUGGAAUGUGGGAAGAGCUUCAGGGACAGCUUCAACCUGCUCAGACACCAGCACAUCCACACUGGGGAACGGUCCUACACAUGUAGGGAAUGUGGGAAGAGCUUCAGCCUGAGCUACAACCUCCGCACCCACCAGCGCAUCCACACUGGGGAACGGCCCUACAAGUGCUUGGAAUGUGGAAAGAGGUUUCAGACCAGCUCCAGUCUCCUCCUGCAUGAGCGGACGCACACGGAUGAGAGGCCCUUCCGCUGCACCGACUGCGGGAAGGGCUUCAAGCGGAACUCCCACCUCGUCACCCACCGGCGCAUCCACACUGGAGAGAAACCCUACAAGUGUGGGGAGUGUGGGAAGAGCUUCACCGACAGCUCUAAUUUGACCUCACACCAACGGACCCACCACAGGGAGAAGCCCUUCAGGUGCUUGGAAUGUGGGAAGAGCUUCAGGCAAAGCAACACCCUCCUCACCCACCAGCACAUCCACACUGGGGAACGGCCCUACAUAUGUAGGGAAUGUGGGAAGAGCUUCAGGAAUAGCUCACACCUCUAUAUCCACCAGCGAAUUCACACCGGGGAACGGCCCUACAAGUGUGGGGAAUGUGGGAAGAGCUUCAACCAGAGGUCCUCCCUCCGCACCCACCAGCGCAUCCACACUGGAGAACGGCCCUACAAGUGCUUGCAAUGUGGGAAGAGGUUUAGCACCAGCUCAUAUCUCCUCUUGCACCAGCGGACGCACACGGAUGAGAGGCCCUUCCGCUGCACCGACUGCGGGAAGGGCUUCAAGCAGAACUCCAACCUCAUCGCCCACCGGCGCAUCCACACCGGGGAGAGGCCCUACAAGUGUGGGGAGUGUGGGAAGAGCUUCACCCACAGCUCUACCUUGACCCAACACCAACGGACCCACCAGUAAGAGAAGCCCUACCAGUGCCCCGACUGCAGAAGAGCUUCGGCCGCUGCUUCCACCCCAAUGAACCCCCUGAUGGUGAGGCAACCCCUGGAGUACAGUGACUGUCAGUCCAUCCCUUUCUACCACAAAGGGCCAGUCCCCUUUCACAGGGUCAGCUUCUUCCAACAGAACCCUUCUUGGAGGGGUGUGUGGAGAUUCCUGCCUUGGCUGGGGACCCCCCAAGGUCACUGCUGGAGGCUGAGAGCAGAGAUCUCCCCCCGAGCGUUGGUCUGGGGAAGUUCCAUCCAUCUCUAAUUAAGAAUUAUUGCUUUUGUGCCAGCUUGAGUAGAAUUGUUUCAACAUUUGCUUUAGUGUAGAGCACUGUCCUAUCUUAUCCUGUACUGCUGGUAGUUUUAGUGUUUGUAUUGUGCAGUAAAUAAUUGUGAUGAAGAUCUUUUGUCUGAUCAUUUG